UGGAUCGUAUGGGUAUCCGGACCCAGCAUAUUUAAGGUCUGGAGGUGUGAGCCACAAGUCGGACGUCUACUCAUUUGGUAUGGUUCUAUUUGAAGUCCUGACUGGGAGGAGGGUAUAUGACUAAGACAACGGAGAUUGGACGUUCUUAAGUAAAUUGGUCAAAUCCCAUUAUGAAAAAGGAACACUCAAUGAUAUCAUCCAUCCGGGUCUACUCAACCAAAUGGACUCGCAAGCAUUAAAUGUAUUCUCAGAAGUAGCCUAUUGCUGCUUGAACGAUCAACGAGCACAACGCCCAAGUAUAGAGAGGGUUAUCUUUGCACUUGAGCAAGCAUUAAAACAUCAACUCUCACGUGUAAACUCAGAACGCCAGGUUGAAGGCAUAUCAACCAACUACUGGAAGGGAAAAGAUUUGGAACACUUGAAGAUUGGAUUUGAUGCUAUAAAGUUAGCUACCGAAAAUUUUUCUGAAAAAUAUCGCAUUGGGUCAGGCGGGUAUGGUGAUGUGUACAAAGCAAAACUUGAACAUAUUGAUUUCUCUGUAGUGAAAGACAAUAAGGAAUCAGAAUUGCCUAGGAGACGUAGCACUGUAGCUAUAAAAAGGAUAUUUAACAGAGAAGGAGAACAUGGGUUCAUUGCAGAAGUUGAAACACUUAGUAGUUGUAUGCAUCCAAAUAUAGUGUCUCUUCUUGGAUUCUGUCAUGAACCUCCUCAUAUGAUCCUUGUCUAUGAGCAUGUUUCUAAUGGAAGCCUUGAUGAUUAUUUGGGAAGAGAAGGAAAGAUGACUAAUUUUACUUGGGUGCAACGAAUAAAGAUAUGCAUUGAUAUUGCACGUGGAUUGAAUUACAUCCACACCACCACGGACUACAAACAAAAGAUAAUUCAUCGCGACAUAAAAAGUGCCAAUAUUCUGUUGGAUGAGAACUGGAGGGCGAAGAUUGCUGACUUUGGACUCUCCAAAUUUCAUCCGCAUGAUCAUAUGGCGAGCACUCUCAAUGCAAGCAUCGUUGCAGGCACACAAGUUUACUUGGAUCCAGAAUAUGAGAGGACGGGCAAGUUGAAAAAGGAAUCUGAUGUUUACUCUUUUGGGGUAGUAUUAUUUGAGAUGUUGUCUGGGAGAUUGGCAUAUGAUCUGGUGUACACAAAUGAAAAUGAAAAGGGCCUUGCACCCAUAAUGAGAGAACUCUUUGAUAAGGGAAAAAUAAAGGAAAUAGUAGAUCCCAAUUUGAAGGAAGAAAGUAAUUUUACACUAAGAAAAGGACUCAAUCAAGAUUCUGUGAAUACAUUCUCAAUAAUUGGGUACAAAUGUUUGACUGAAAAACAAGCCGAUCGUCCAACAAUGAAAGUUGUCAUUGAGGAAUUUGAGAAAGCAUUAAACUUUGAGGAAACUCACAAGGAUAGCCUUCGAAUAUCAUUUGAAGACAUAAGAUUGGCCACACAAAACUUCAAUACUAAAAUUGGACGGGGAAGACAUGGGAAUGUUUAUCAAGGAGAAGUUUUAGGUGUGAAUGGACCUACCCCCAUUGCUGUAAAGCAGUAUGAAGAGAACGAUGAUUAUGAUGAGGACGGAGAAAGAGAAUUUCUGACAGAACUUGAAAUUCUUUUUGAAUAUAAGCACGAGAACAUUAUUGGCCUUAUAGGCUAUUGUAACGAAGAUAAUAAGAAAUUCUUAGUUUUUGAGCAGGCCCCUUACGGAGGUUUGAAUUUCCACGUAGACAAUGAUAGUCUUACGUGGACAGAACGGCUUAAGAUUGGCAUUGAUGUUGCAAUUGGGUUGGAUUUCCUUCAUGGAGGUGAUUCUCCGGUGAUACAUAGGGGUAUAAACUCCAACAACAUUCUACUUAACGAUGAUUGGAAAGCAAAAAUAACAGAUUUUGGGGAAUGA